GUUAUUUUUGUGCGCUCCGCCGUUAGUCACAAGAGCACCGCGACGAGACGAGCGUCUUCCAUUACACUUUGAAUAGCCAGAUUACUCAACCCUGUAUUUGAUUUAUCAAUUAAUUUCUUCGUGCGAAGAUGAGUGCUCAAGUGCGCGCGGAGAGCGGCGAGGAUGGCGGCGGCGCGAAAUUGCAACAAAAAUCAAAAUUCAAAGUGAAAAUGGCACCAAUUAGUGAAAAAAGGUCACAGCCUCCAAAUGCGAACCACGUUAAAGAAAACGGGCACACAAGUCAUGGCCAUGGUCAUUCGCAUCUUCACACUCACACGAAGGAGAACGCCAGCAGCAAUGCGUCCGGGAAGAGUGCAGGUGUGAAAACGAAAGGCUUAGAGAUACUUGAUUUCCAUGAAUCGUGGCUGGAGGAGGUCGAACUUUAUAAGGAUAAAUUGUAUGUGCAAAAGAAUCUUUUGCUCUCAUCGCAUAAUCACGCCCAUACCCCACAUGGUUGUCAAAUCGAUGCACCCAGCCAUUAUAUCAGUGUGAAUAAUAAGUAUAAGGUUAAUUCAGCAUCGGGUUAUACGCCUAAUGAGCAUAGUAACUGUAAUAGUAUUACAAAUGACACGAUUGUAAAACGGCAGCGGGGUGCAGGCACAUCAGCCACUGGACCUGCCAUAGAUCCAUCGAUAAUUAGCAAUGCCUCAUAUAACAAAUCAAAUCGAAUUAGUAUACGUAGUAACACUGCCGCCCCCCUGACAUCCAGCCCAGACUCGACCAUACCAAUGAGUGGCGUACAGUUGCUUUUAAAGCGACCCCGAGAUGAACCGGUCGGAGCGCCAAAGUCUGCUGCGCAUAACUCCAAACGCCAUUCCCAUCCUCACCCGCAAUCGCUACCAAAUAGCAGUUCACGCCGUUCGGCAUCACCACCUAAACGAGUCGUCGGAGGUGGUGGUGUUGCAGUUAACGUAGGUGUUGGUGCUGGCAUUGGCAGUGGCGCCUCUGUUGUCAAUGGCGCCAAUGGCUCCACUGGCAUUAUUAAUGGUGAUAGGCCCCUCAUGCAACCAUCCCAGAAAACGCUAAGUAAAAUCAUUGUGAAUCAGUUCCACGCUAGUAGCCUGCUUAAUCAUAACGAUAAAAAAUCGGAGCUGCUUACACAAAAUGGCCUAAAUAAGACGGCAGCAACCGCUUACGAGACUAGCGUUUAUGCCUCGCAGUACAUGCCGCUCGAUAAUCGCACUUAUCAUAAUCGUCAUCCAAUUGCUGAUAACUCUACUUAUGUGGGCGUUUCUUUAGCUAAAGGUGGGGACGGUGAUCGUGGCAAGCAUAAUACUCCAGCUGAAGAUGAUCCCGGUUCAGCCAUCGACGAUGUGAAUGCAUAUACAGAUAGUGAUUCGGAAGACGAAUAUACUGGUCAUCCAUUCUACCUCGCCAACGAUUUAAAUGAGAUACACCAAAGUCGCAAUAUACGCAACCCCGUUGAACAGCAGAUGAAAGAUGGCUUGGAGGAUAGCGAGGGCGAUACCGAGACAAGCGAAUACUUUAAGCCGGACUGUAUAUUAUCGCCGAGCUUAUUUCCGAAUGUGCCGCCUUAUUUGAAUUUUUCAUCGCAUGCUGAAAAGGGACCUGAAGUGCCGCCAACACUGCAUCGCGUGCUGAAGUGGAAACUGAGUCCUGUAAUGCCAAAAAUAGUGAAGCGAGUGGUGCUCAACUCAGGAUUUCGCAUCAUAAAAAAUACCACUGAUUGGAUGGCCGUCUGGGAGAAGCAUAUGAAAAGUCCAGGCUUCCGUACGAUACGCUCACAUCAAAAGUACAACCAUAUGCCGGGUUCGUUUCGCAUCGGCCGCAAAGAUAGCAUGUGGCACAGUAUACACAACAACAUGAAUAAGUAUGGCAAAAAAGAAUUUGGCUUCAUGCAAAAAUCUUACAUUAUGCCCGAUGAUUUGGAGAACCUGCGACAGGUCUGGCCUAAGAAUGCUUCGAGGCUGACCAAAUGGAUUGUGAAACCUCCAGCAAGUGCACGCGGCACCGGCAUACGCAUUGUGAACAAGUGGAGCCAAUUCCCCAAGGAUCGUCCGUUGGUAGUGCAGAAAUAUAUCGAGCGUCCGCUGCUUAUCAACGAUAGUAAAUUCGAUAUGCGUAUUUAUGUGGUUGUUACAUCGAUUAAUCCCUUGCGUAUUUAUAUGUACAAAGAUGGCUUGGCGCGUUUUGCAUCAGUUAAAUAUAGUUCGGAGCUCACUAGUCUGGAUGAUCGUUGCAUGCAUCUAACCAACUAUAGCAUCAAUAAAUUCUCUCAAAACUACUCGAAAAACGAGGAUUUCAAUGCUUGUCAGGGGCAUAAGUGGACGCUGCAAUCGCUGUGGUCCUGCUUGGAGAUGCGCGGUGUGAACACUAAACGUCUGUGGGCGACGCUACGUAAUUUGGUGAUCAAGGCGAUUGUGAGCGGUGAAUCGGGUCUGAAUCGCAUGUAUCGCCAAAAUGUUAACUUUCGUUAUAAUUGUUUCGAGCUAUUUGGUUUCGAUAUUUUGCUGGAUGAGAAUCUUGUGCCAUGGUUGUUGGAGAUAAAUAUUUCACCUUCGUUACACUCAGAGCUGCCGCUAGAUUUGCAUGUGAAAGGCCCACUCAUCCAAGCCGUACUGAAUACGGCGCUCUAUCAAGUGCCACCAAAACUUAACGACAAACAACAAAAAGAUAUAAUUGAAGAAUUGAAGCUAAAUGGUCCACUGUGUCAUGAUAAGCGCAUCUUUACCACUUGUCUCACUGUCGAGGAAGUGCGCAAGCACAACCAGUUCACUAAUCGUUUGAUUGAAUUUCGUGAGGAAUAUCUCGAUUCCAUACUUGAUAAUUUACUGCCAGACGAUAUACGCUGCCUAAUUAUCAGCGAGGAUGAGUUUGCUCGCUGUACGCCACUAGAACGCAUCUUUCCGACGACCGACACGCACAUGUACCUAAAGUUUAUCGAGAAUCCACGCUACUACAAUCGUCUGCUAGACGCUUGGGAAACGCGCUAUGGCAAUCAGCGUGCACAAGGCAUUGCAUUGCUGAAGGGUUAUUGCGCUGACGGUUAUCAUUUGCGUGUAUCCGAUGCUGCGCUGGAGAAGGAACCUGAUGUUGCACUAACGGAAAUCGAUAUGUUGCACCAAAAGAAGAGCGACGAUCAAGUUACACUUGUACCCGAUAAUAUGGCAGGCGAUAGCGCAUUAGCUUCCAAAGCGGGCUCACCUGAUUCGACUGCGGAUACAUCCGUGCGCUCGCAGCGCUGAUCAAGCGCAUGCUUAUGGGCAUGUCGUCGGUAACUGCCAGAAGCCCGAGGGUUCAAUUGGUGGUGAGCACAGAGCUACUGUGAGAGUAAGGAACUAAGACUGAACUUAGCUAUCCAACAAACAAAACCUAUCUGCAAAGUAAUAACACGAAAACGGAAACGGAACAAAAAAUAUUGUAUGAUUUAAUCGAAAAUGAUGAUCGAGCCAACAAAUUGAAGUCAUCGAAAUUUAGUAAAUUUUGUUUGGAAAAUACCUUAGGAACCAACGCGCUUUAUUAAGUACUGCUACAAUACAACUACAAUUAAAACUACCUUUACCCACAUAUACACACAUCAUUAAGCUAGUGCAAAUGGCAAAACAACAACUAUUAAUUUAUGGGAAUAUAAUAAUGUUAAAUUUGA